UUUGUCGAUCUGCCUGUGUCGGCAUUUGUUUCUCUUUUCUUUCUUUUGUUUUUUCUUUUGGGCUUGUUUGUACUGCGGUCCCAGCGAGCUAAUUAUAUCGGAUGGUUGCUUUAUAAUAUAAAUCUAGGGGAAACUCUUUAUCGUCAUAGUGAACCGGAGUUUUACCCUCGUAUAAACAAAGAGAUAUAUAGUACUCCCACCCUUUCAUUUUAUAUUGACUAUAAGAUUUAACCUAAAUCAAACUUUGAAAAAAAAUUGACCAAGUAUAUAUGAGAAAAUAUUAACAAUCACAAUACCAAUCAACAUCAUGGAACUAAUUUACAUAUUGUAUAUCUGUACUAUUGUAAAUGUUUAUCUCUUUUAAUAUGAGUUUGGUCAAACUUUACAAAGUUUAACUUAUGACAAAACUUAUAUGCAAAAUAAAAAGGAAACGGAGGGAAUAUCUCUUGGAAGCGCAUGGUAGGUGGCCGUGAGGACAUCGCUGAGGAGGAACAGACCAAUAGUAGAGCUCCUUUGUCAAACUUGAAGAGCCGAGGCCGAAGGUUCUUGGUAGUUGCUAUGGAUGAUUAUUUAUCGCUUAUAAUGGAGUAAACAGUAUUUUAAAGCUAGUAUAUACGGCGACUUGGAGCUGUUUGGUGAUAUAUUAUCGCCAAUCAUUGGAGUACACUUGGACCUUGAGAUAGGUUAUAUAGCUUCUCUAUUUCUGCACGUUUCGCCUACUCAUUGCCACGAACUUCUGCUCAUCUUGGAGACAUCUCUCAAGUUUUGCUCGGAGAAGAAGAAACUCCAAAAAUCCAAGCCUGGGUGGGGAGUGGAGACGACGAAGCUGAUUCGACCAGAUUAGUACAGUUUUGCAGCUAGCAGUGUGUGAUGUGAACCGCGUUGAUGAAUUUGAGCUCGGCGCGGUUGGUUGGGAGUACAGAUGGAAUCAGCAAACUGAAUCUGUCUCUCAGUUGAAGACUCUCUGUUAAAAGACUAACGGAGGAAACAAAAGAACGGAGAUCAGAGGAAGCAGCCCACAGUGAUGUUAGCCAUGCCACAAGCAGUGCUUCUCCUUGCUGUCUCCUGUGCGGCGGUCCUCGCUGCUGGUGUCUCCGGCCAGCCGGUGUCGCCAGCAGCCGAGCGGACCAACUGUCCUGCAAAGUGCGGGGACGUAGAGAUCCACUACCCAUUCGGCAUCGGCCCUGGGUGCUCCAUGGACGCCGACUUCGAAGUCACCUGCAACGAGACGACGAGCCCUCCGAGCCUCCAGUUGGGCAACAUCUUGAUCGCCAACAUCACAUUGGAGACGGCGCAGAUGGUGGUCUACACCUUCCUGACCUACAGCUGCCGCGUGCCGGGCAGCAACAAUACAAUCUACGCGCAGACGCAGAGCAUGGAACUCAGCGUCAGCAGCACCACGUUCCUGGUGUCGCCGUCGGAUAACGUGUUCACGUCCGUCGGGUGUAAUUCACUGGCCCAGCUCGUUGGGCACAGCGGCACCGACUACCACACCGGCUGCAUCACCACGUGUGCUAGCGUGAACGAAACGGCAGAUGACGGCGCACCCUGCAGCGGGCACGGCUGCUGCGAGGCGUCAAUAAUGCCCGGCCUCUUCCUAGUCAACGUGAGUUGGUCCGACUGGGCGGAGGAGAGCGACUAUCAUGUGCCUGGCAACCUGUGCCAAUAUGCCUUCGUCGCCACAAAAGGCUGGUACAAAUUCAGAAAAAAUGACCUAGUUGGAAAUUUGACAUUCGCCAAGAGAUUUGGAGAGGGCACUGUUGUUCCACUUGUUCUUGACUGGUCAAUUAGCGACGGGAGAUGCCCGCCGGUGCCGCAGGGUGUUGACAAGGCAAAUAUUGAUCCCUACGGCGCAUGUGUUAGCACCCAGAGCUACUGCGUUAAUGCUAGCAACAGCGCGACGGGCUAUUUCUGCAACUGCUUAGAGGGAUACACCGGCAAUCCAUACAUAAAAAAUGGAUGCAAGAAUAUUAAUGAGUGCUUAAAUAAGAACAUGUAUCCUUGUCAUGGAGGGAGAUGCCACGAUUUAGAAGGUGAUUACGAGUGUAAAUGCAAUUUUGGACGACGGGACGACGGUAACAAGGGGUGUGAACCCUUAUUGUCCAAGGCUGCAGUAGCAGUUAUAGGAACAAUCAUUGGCAUUGCAUUACUCGCGUUGCUACUCAUAUUCUUACUCAUGGAGCGAGAGAAAAGAAAGCUGAGAGAUAGGUUCAACAAGAACGGCGGACAACUAGUCAAAAGCAUCAAGAUCGAAAUCUUCACCAAGGCAAAGAUCAGAUACAUGACAAACAACUUCACUUCUAUCAUUGGCCAAGGCUUUUUUGGGACAGUCUACAAGGGAACCACCGGCUCCGGUGAGAACGCAGGUGUUGCCGUGAAGAAGUCCACCACUAUCAAGGAUGACCGGCACAAGGAGUCCUUCGUGAACGAGAUCAAGAUCCAGUCCCAGAUCAGCCACCGGAACCUGGUCCAGCUUAUAGGUUGCUGCCUGGAGACAGACGUUCCUAUGUUAGUGUACGAGUUCGUUCCCAGGGGAAGCCUCUAUGACGUGCUCCAUGUCAAGAACGACCCUCUACCCCUCGAGACACGCCUCAACAUUGCCAUCUACUCUGCGGUUGCCCUCGCAUACAUGCACGCGGAGGCAAGCCAGAGUAUGGCCAUCGUUCAUGGCGAUGUGAAGUCAGCUAACAUUCUCCUCGACGACAGGUUUGUGCCAAAGGUGUCAGACUUUGGCACGUCGAGGCUCCUGUCCAUGGACAAGGACCACCACACCAACUGGGUGAUCGCGGACAGGCACUACAUUGACCCCGUGUACAUGAAAACCGGGCUGCUCACCACGAAGAGCGAUGUGUAUAGCUUCAGUAUCAUCCUGCUGGAGCUCGUCACCCGGAAGAAGGCGAUUUACAAUGGAAAUCAAAGCCUUCCCAUGGAAUAUAUCAAGGCUUCCGUGGAAGGGUCAGCGAGGCAGAUGUUUGAUAAAGACAUUGUGGCAAAUAGGGAGGAGCAUAUGGAGUGCCUCGAGGAGGUUGGCAAGAUCGCGCUGCAGUGUCUCGAUGAGAACGACGUAAAUGACAGGCCCACCAUGGGUGAAGUCGUGGACAGACUUAAAGCGUGUAAGAGCCAGUGGUUGGAAUGUCAUUGAAAGAAAAAUGAGGUGAUGUAAUAUUGUACUCCUACAUAAGUAGUUGGUGGCCUUAUGCGAGGGCAUCACCUUUUAUAAGAUGAGAGUUUAAGAAUAUGGAUUUGCUAAUUCUCAUCUAGACGAGAUUUACUUAUGUCACAUCUAUGUUCUCCACCACUCAAUUAAGGUGUUGAAUUUUCAUGCAAAUUGUUGAUCGCUCGUUUUUUUUUUGUGUGUGGCUGAAACGAGCUGGCAUUAAUUAAGUAAUGUUGUUACACUCGUUUUCACAAAUUUA